GCGUCCCGUCUCCAAUGUCACCCCUGAUGCCUGGCUUAUACCACGACAAGAUACAACCCACAAACCCCCCAAGAGUUAUUUCUCCUUGUCCUGCUCUCUCACUAGUCUGGUAGGGCUCUUCUUGAUGCACCGUGGCACCUAUGAAUCAACCCAGCCACGCCCCAUACCACCUCCAUGUCGUCUCUUCAGCACCGACUUAUUCAUGAUGGAGGACUUUAUUCGACCUUCAUCCGAGACAACGCUUCACAUGUCACUCUCUCGCAAGCCUCCAUGCUGGGGCACCACCGUGGUUCAUGCCCACAUGAAGAAAAGGUGGUUACGGAUGGGACCAUUGCCCGUGUCGUUUUGAUGUUCCUGCGCGAUUUGUUGGAACGGCCAACUCUUCAUCAAUCUCACCCAGAGUAUAGGUGUCCAAUGGCAAGGUGUCGAAAGCCAUUCCUAGGACAUCUGCAACUCAUUCAGCAUUUACUAUCCUGUCAUGAACUUCACAAUGGCGUCUUUCACUGCGAUAAAUGUAACACGUUGCACGAAUUUCCGACCAACGAGAAAGACUGGGCGCAUUGGACAGGUUGGAAGCAUCAGGAGGUCAACGUGGAGCGGAAGCGAAGUCUGGGUUCCAAGAUGAGGGAUACUUUUACACUUCGUAAACGGGACAACACUCGCAAGACAAACACAUUAUCGGAAAUUCAAACGCAUCAACAUGGGUUUAUGCUCCACGCGAGGACACAUACGGCAGCCUCUAUGGAAUCGGUAGUCCAAGGCACCUCCAUGAUCGGAUGCCCUACGCCGCACUCUACGAUGCCAUUCUCGGGUCACAGCGCUACAGGCGAUUUCUUUUCUCUCCACAAGCAACCAACUACGACUGAUAUGAUGGAUGCCAGCUUAGAGCUUUUCCGGCAAGGGUUCAGUGCCGAGGAAAUGUCGGACUUGCAGUCUGCCGUGUCGUCGAUUACGGCCUCGUCCACCAUCGAGGUCGAACCAUCGCAGAGAGCGUCCACAAACACUUCCCGCACUACCUUGUUCCCUCCGAGGCUCUCGCACUACCAAUCCCCAACGCCACCCAUUCAGGGGAACAACAAUAAUAUUACGUCCCAGCCAUACCAAUUUACAUCACAACCAACAAUACCCACCGGGACAUUACAGCUCGAUGGUCUCCCCCCGCCGACGGCCAUGUCUUUGGACGACCCGAUUGCCGUUACCAGCGUUCCCGUUACUCAAACGAGCAUUCCUCCUGCUAUGCAAGUGGAUGGCCACUCAUGGUGGAGUCCAAGAACGACGGGCGGCAUCCAAGGAUUAACACCCGACUCCUCUGGAACAAGCAGCAGCUUUCAUGUUCAAACGCCACCGGCUAUGACAUUAUCCAGCACUGGCGGGAGGGACAUACCAACUCCAGAUACUCUUGUGAAGGUCAGAGAUACUGACGAGCCACAACAUCAAAUCUACUAUCAACCAGGGACACAUCAUCAGGACAUAGCUCGAUCACCAAGUCUCGACUCAGUAGAGACAAUGCAGCCAAACACCACACUAAUAGGGACAGGUACAUGCAGCGAAAUGGGACAGCAAUCAACACCUGGGGAGGGGAACCCAACUCCCUCCUGUACCAGCAACAUAGCACUAUCCCCGCCCUCCGAACACCAACAUCAACACCAAAACCACCACCAACACUCACACCCACAUCGCACCUCUACUACUACUACCGGCAUCGCCAUCCACCACCGCAGACCCAACAACACCACACAACAAGACCUAAGCCUGGGUCUAAGUCAUGGCAGCGGCAACGACAACAACGACCUCCUAAUCUGCGAUGAAUGCCAAUGGAAACCCCGCGGAGUCCGCGAAAACCUCAAAGGCUACCUCCGCAAGCACAAGAACACGCACAAAGGGCUGCGGUUGUCGUGUGACGUUCCUGGUUGCACCAAGACUUUUAGCAGGCUGGAUAAUCUGAAGAAGCAUAAGGAGGAUAAACAUGGUAUUGAUGAUGCGACAACAACAACAACAAUAGGAGGAGGAGGAGGAGGAGGAGGGAUAGGAGUAGGGGGAAUAGGGGGAAUAGGGGGAGGAGGAGGGGGUUUGUUGCCGUUGAAGAGAGUAGCAUAUACUGAAGAAGGAGAAGAGCAAGGGGGGAGGGUGGAUGGUGUGAAGAGGCCGGAUACGAGUGAUUCCCAGCAGCGGUUGAGGGAUUUGUCGUCGGGGGAUUAUACGAUGUUGUGGCCGGCUUUGCACUUUUAG